CCCAGUGCGCCCCGCGGACAGGUCCAUUUCAGCCAAUCCCGGCGCGCGCCGGGGACGCCCGCCAAUGGGAGCUCCGAGCGGCGCUGGGACGCGCGGUGGCGGCGGGCGGCGGGAAAGCGCGAGGAUGGCGGGCCGGCGCGGGGCCCUCAUCGUGCUGGAGGGCGUGGACCGCGCCGGCAAGAGCACGCAGAGCCGCAAGCUGGUGGCCGCGCUGUGCGCCGCGGGCCACCGCGCCGAGCUGCUCCGUUUCCCGGAAAGAUCAACCGAAAUUGGCAAACUUCUGAGUUCUUACUUGGAAAAGAAAAGUGAGGUGGAGGACCACUCGGUGCACCUACUUUUCUCCGCGAACCGCUGGGAGCAAGUGCCGCUGAUUAAGAAGAAGUUGAGCCAGGGCGUCACCCUCGUUGUUGACAGAUAUGCAUUUUCUGGUGUCGCCUUCACCAGCGCCAAGGAGAAUUUUUCCCUGGAUUGGUGCAAGCAGCCAGAUGUGGGCCUCCCCAAGCCGGACCUGGUGGUGUUCCUUCAGUUACGGUUGGCCGAGGCUGCCAUGCGGGGCGAGUUUGGCCGUGAACGCUACGAGAACGGGAACUUCCAGGAGCGGGCACUGCACCGCUUCCACCAGCUGAUGGCGGAUGAGACUUUGAACUGGAAGAUGGUCGACGCUUCCAAAAGCAUCGAAGAUGUCCACAAGGAAAUCCACGCCCUCUGUGUGUACACCAUCCAGGCUGCCGCGCAGAGGCCGCUGGGGGAGCUGUGGAAGUAGCCAUGCCGCGCCCCCUCCUGUGGUCCUGCGAGGCCGAGCUGGGGGUACGUGGAUGCCCGGACGACGUGCUCACGGAGCAGGACGCAGAGACAAGCAGCUGCGGGUCAGCCCCCAGGAGCCCGCGGGGCGUGCUGUGGUGCCGCUGUCCUCGGUCCUCUCUCUCACCCCCAAGAUACCAGUAAAUUACUGUGUUUUGUGCUUUCGUAUGGGAAUUUAACACACAGGCAGGCAGUUUCAGUGAAAUGGCAGUUAAAAUUCUCCCGAAUUUCUUACAGGCACUAAUAAAAAUUCAUUUG